GAGAGGCCUUGUAGGCACAGCUGCUGAGGCUCGAUCGGCUCCGAGUGGGGGGCUCCAGCCGGGGUCGGAGUCCGGGGGUCCGCGCUCGCCGACCCGCGCCCUGCCGCCUCCCAGCGCCCGGGCCGACGGGACUAUUAAAUGUGAUCACUGAGUCAUACUUGCUGUUUUCUCUGUCCCCUGGCUAUCUCUCUUAAGACCCUGAAGUUUGCCAGCCACAGGAUGUUUAAAAGAUAAGGAAAAUUGAGGCAGAUACUUUGGACUUGCCCAGGGUACCAGAGCAGAUCUCUUUGAUGAGUUGAUUUGUAAAAACCAAGUCCUAGAAGAAGUGGAGGAGGAAUAAGUCAGAGAGAGAUCUGGUGUUCCAGAAAGAGGGAGAAACAAGUCCUUUGGCCCUGAAGGGAGAAUAUGCUCGAUGUAUUUAAGGAAAGGAAAGAAGCCAGAGUGGCUCAAAUGGAGUGAACAAGGAGGAGAGUGGCAGGAUAUGAGUCUAUAAAUGGCACUUAGGAAUUACAAGGUCCUGCUGGGUAGAAGGCAUUGAGGACUGAAGAGGUCUGGUCCUGGGUAUCAAUAGACUGUUCUCUAUCCCUCCCACUUCACCAUCAGCCCUGUUAGUACUGUUUUUUAUUAGGAGGUUGCUCAAGAACUGUUUCGAAUAGUUCUCUCUGGUCGCUAUGAUUUAGAAAUGACCAUUAAGAUGUAGAUGCCCAGAUGCAAAAGUGAUGAAACAGUCCAUUUGUCAUAAAGUGAGAUGCAGCUGUGGUGUUUCAACCAGAUUAGGACAGAAUUGUAUCUGUUUUCCUCAGAAGAGAAUUCCACAAGUUUUUCCAGAGGAUUGCUGUUUUAAUUACUCUCUCAAAGAAUGAAGUUGGCUCUGUCACUCAUGUCCAUUAGAAAAGAGAAAUGAGAGGAAUCUGGCUUAAAUUGCAGUACAAGGAAUUUAGAUUAGACAUAGAGAGUUUCCAGGAAAGAAAGUACCAGAUACUGAAGUGAUUUGUUAAGUCAGCAAAUGAAGAAAAUAUGGUAUUUUGAAGUAUGAUUAAACUCCUGAUGCUGCAGCAGAAGCUAAGAAUAUUAAUGGCCAGAUCUAGUGCUCACAUGGUCUUCUGAAGAAGCCAUGGGUAGCUGUUGUAGCUGUCCAGAUAAAGACACUGUCCCAGACAACCAUCGGAACAAGUUUAAGGUCAUUAAUGUCGAUGAUGAUGGGAAUGAGUUAGGUUCUGGCAUAAUGGAACUUACAGACACAGAACUGAUUUUAUAUACCCGCAAACGUGACUCUGUAAAAUGGCACUACCUCUGCCUGCGACGCUAUGGCUAUGACUCAAAUCUCUUUUCUUUUGAAAGUGGUCGAAGGUGUCAAACUGGACAAGGUAUCUUUGCCUUUAAGUGUGCCCGUGCAGAAGAAUUAUUUAACAUGUUACAAGAGAUUAUGCAAAAUAAUAGUAUAAAUGUGGUGGAAGAGCCAGUUGUAGAAAGGAAUAAUCAUCAGACAGAAUUGGAAGUCCCUAGAACACCUAGAACACCUACAACUCCAGGGUUUGCUGCUCAGAACUUACCGAAUGGAUAUCCCCGAUAUCCCUCAUUUGGAGAUGCUUCAUCCCAUCCUUCCAGCAGACAUCCUUCCGUGGGAAGUGCUCGCCUGCCUUCAGUAGGUGAAGAAUCUACACAUCCUUUGCUUGUGGCUGAGGAACAAGUACAUACGUAUGUCAACACUACAGGUGUGCAAGAAGAGCGGAAAAACCACACAAGUGUGCAUGUCCCAUUGGAAGCAAGGGUUUCUAAUGCUGAAAGCAACACACCAAAAGAAGAACCAAGUAGUAUUGAGGACAGAGACCCUCAGAUUCUUCUUGAACCUGAGGGGGUCAAAUUUGUUUUAGGACCAACUCCUGUUCAAAAGCAAUUAAUGGAAAAAGAGAAACUGGAGCAACUUGGAAGAGAAAUUAGUGGAAUUGUUGCAAAUAGCACAGAAUGGGACACUGGCUAUGAUAGUGAUGAACGAAGAGAUGCACCCUGUGUUCACAAACUGGUGUAUGAAAAUAUAAAUGGGCUAUCUAUUCCUAGUGCCUCAGGGGUCAGGAGAGGUCGUCUCACAUCCACCAGUACCUCAGAUACCCAGAAUAUCAACAAUUCAGCUCAGAGAAGAACUGCAUUAUUAAACUAUGAAAAUUUACCAUCUUUGCCUCCUGUUUGGGAAGCUCGCAAACUAAGUAGGGAUGAAGAUGACAAUUUAGGACCAAAGACCCCAUCUCUAAAUGGCUACCAUAAUAAUCUAGAUCCAAUGCAUAACUAUGUAAAUACAGAGAAUGUAACAGUGCCGGCAAGUGCUCACAAAAUAGAAUAUUCAAGGCGUCGGGACUGUACACCGACAGUCUUCAACUUUGAUAUCAGACGCCCAAGUUUAGAACACAGGCAGCUCAAUUACAUACAGGUUGACUUGGAAGGUGGCAGUGACUCUGACAACCCUCAGACUCCAAAAACGCCUACCACUCCCCUUCCGCAAACCCCUACCAGGCGCACAGAGCUGUAUGCUGUGAUAGACAUUGAGAGAACUGCUGCUAUGUCAAAUUUGCAGAAAGCACUGCCACGAGAUGAUGGUACAUCUAGGAAAACUAGACAUAAUAGUACUGAUCUGCCCAUGUGAGCCUGGAAAGCAUUAUGUUGUUUGCACCUUUGUGAAGUUUUUAAAAAUGAAGAUGCAAGUGCUUCAUUUUCAUUUCUAAACACUAACUCCUUUUAUAGACUGGUAAAAAAAUUUUUUUCUGAAUAUUUCAUGUGCAUCUUUAACUAAAGGGAAUUAAUGUAGAGCAGAUACUCCUUAAAGAACACUAAUUUCAUUAUAUACUACUCAUUAUUGUACAGCAGCAUUCCCAUUUUCACAGUGCCUAUUUAAAAUGAGAGUUGAAGUGAAUGACAUGCUGGUUGAUUUUUAUCAAUAUUCUGGACUUACGCAUAUCUUUCAUGUCUAAAUCAUGGUUGGGAUUUAAAAGUUUUUAUAAAACCUCUCUUGAUGAUGUGCAUUGCUAGCAGAUAACUCUAGGCUUUGAAAGUAAUAUUUGUAGAUUCACUGUUCAUGGUAUGUGGCCUCCAGCAUGUAACAUGAGGAAUCCUUUAUUUCAUUAAUUAAAGGCGUUUUGACUUGAGCCAAAAUAUAUGUAAAGGAAACAGAAGUACCACACCUCUUUUUAUACCAGUCAGCUCCUUUGUCUUCUUUGUUACUAGAAAGAGCCCUGUAUCCAUGAAUAUGGUUUGCUGUUGGUGUGCCGAAAGACAGGAAGGAGAUAAGAUUUUCUGUUUACUCAUCUCAUGAUGUCAUUUGAAGGCCAUGUCCAGAUAUCUUACUAAGAAUUAUAAUAGGCUCAAGUAUCAGUCUCAGGUCACUUUACCCAAAAACAUUUGAAAAUCUGAAUCAUUGUCUCUUGGAAGUUUCUCUCUUAUAGAUACUGACAACAAAUUGUUUUCUGGAGGCAUUUGUGCCGUUAGGUUUUCAUUUACCUUCAGUUUUUUCCUUUGGUGUUUGGGAUGUCUUAUUU